UGUGUCACACACUGACCGUACCUUACCUCAGCAUUGUAGAAACACGUCGGCAAUGGUGGGGGGCGCGGGGCUGUUGCUGGGGUUCUUACCUAAUUCCUGCCGGGUAGCGCUGAGCCACGCGUCUUUGGUUCCGAGAAUCGGCUGCAUCACUAAAGUCUGUGCGUCAGUGCCGCCUGGCGUCUCCAGAUGGGAUCCAAGGCCGGUUCGGACCCUCCAUCACACACCGCCCCUGUGCGCCGGGCACAAUAAGUGGUCCAAAGUCAAGGACGUUAAAAUACCUCGAGAUCGUGCUCGGGCCCGAAUGAUGCAGAAGCUGACAAUGAUGAUUCGGGUCGCAGUUAGAGAGGGUGGACCAAACCCUGAGUUUAAUGUUAAUCUGGCCCAAGUUGUUGAGCAGUGUCGCAACAACAGCGUUCCCAAGGUGACCAUCGACAACGCCAUCAAGGGAGCUGAGAAGUCCAAGACAGGUACUCAGCACCUAUAUGAGGUGAGGGGUCCGGGCGGCUUCAUGGCCCUUGUGGAGAUUCUAACUGAGAACAACAAACGCUCCAACCAAGAGAUCCGAUACCUCCUCAACAAGCACGGGGCGGCAGUGUGUGAUGGGGCACACUACAGCUUCAGCAAGAAGGGGGUCGUCAUGGCAGCCAGGGGGGACAUGUCUUCGGACCAGGCGCUAGAGUUAGCCAUUGAGGCAGGAGCUGAGGAUGUGCAGGAGACAGAGGACGAGGAGGAGAGAGCCAUGCUACAGUUCAUCUGUGGCACGACUGAGAUGCGGGGGGUGCGCGAGGCGCUGGAGAAGCUAGGCGUUGCCACGGUGCAGUCGGGGCUGGAGUAUGUCCCCACAGCGUCAGUCCCGCUGGCCGAGGAUCAGCUCCGAGAUGCCCACAUGUGCCUGGAGGCGAUAAAGGACUAUCCCGAUGUGGUGCGGGUCUGGGACAACAUCCAGGCUCAGGACUAACAACAACCGCCCCCCCAUCCCUCCUCUCUCUCUCUCUCUCACACUCUCUCUGUGAGGGGAGGGCAGAGAAGGAGAGUGGUAGACAGACAGAUGGACAGAGUAAGGGAGAGUGUUUGUCAUUUUGGAUUUCAGAACUCUGAAUUCUGUUCCAGAAUGAUCCAGAUGUUCAGAACAGAGCCAUGUAGAGAAUGGCUCUGGUGCACAUAGAUAUGUAUAUAGAGCUAUAUACAUCUAUGCUGGUGCAGACCAAAGAUUUGUGGAGUGGAGCGUUCUAGAAGCUUUGGUGCUGCAGACAGGACAUUUUCUGGAAUGUGGAACCCUGGAGGAAUUCCGUUCUAUGGGACUGAAGGCUGAAGGCUGAUGACUGAGACCAGAGGAAAUCUGACCUUUUAUGGGUCUCAACACUGUUGAAACAUCAGAUCACUAAUUUAUCAGAAACUGGAGCCAUCCUAUGGUCGCAUGUGUGAGUUGUGGGAAUGGUGUGUUUCUCUGACUGUAAAUGUGAAUAGGAAUGAGAAUGAAAGUGCGAGAGAAAGACUGUUUGUGACCUGCUUGUAUUCAAUCUUUGUGCUCAAAUAAAAUAAAACAAUGAUUUUGA